GCAGAUUUCCCAGGUGAAGAGAGAGCGUCCAUAGUUUCAGUUCAAAGCAACUGGUGGCAACAGGUUAGCCUUUAAGAUGGCAGGGACUGCACGCCAUGACAGAGAGAUGGCAAUCCAGGCCAAGAAGAAGCUCACCACGGCCACCGAUCCCAUAGAAAGGCUCCGCCUGCAGUGCCUGGCCAGGGGCUCCGCGGGCAUCAAAGGACUGGGCAGGGUGUUUCGAAUUAUGGAUGACAAUAACAAUCGAACACUUGAUUUCAAAGAAUUUGUGAAAGGGUUAAAUGAUUAUGCUGUGGUCAUAGAAAAGGAAGAGGCAGAGGAGCUUUUCCGAAGGUUUGAUAAAGAUGGAAAUGGAACAAUAGACUUCAAUGAAUUUCUCCUCACAUUACGACCUCCAAUGUCCAGAGCCAGAAAAGAGGUGAUCAUGCAAGCAUUUAGAAAGUUGGACAAGACUGGAGAUGGCGUCAUAACUAUUGAAGACCUUCGUGAGGUGUACAAUGCAAAACACCAUCCAAAGUACCAAAAUGGAGAAUGGACGGAGGAGCAAGUAUUCAGGAAAUUUCUGGAUAACUUUGACUCACCCUAUGACAAAGAUGGGUUGGUGACCCCCGAGGAGUUCAUGAACUACUAUGCCGGGGUGAGCGCGUCCAUUGACACCGACGUGUAUUUCAUCGUCAUGAUGAGAACCGCCUGGAAGCUCUAAAUGUUUCAAAAGAAGACUUUUUGAACUAUUAUGCUGGUGUUAGUGCUUCCAUUGACACAGAUGCCUAUUUCAUUUUAAUGAUGACGAAAUCCUGGGGAUUGUGACUUUUGUCUGCUAAUUCUUUUGCAAAUCAGGGACUCUCAGAGAGUGGAAUGAGUUUUUAAAAAGUCCAAUGCCAGAGAUUUUUGAUAAAAUGUAAACUAAAGUUUCUGAAAGCUCUGGCGUUUUGAAAACAAUAGACCUUCAGUCAUCUUAUUUCAUUACCUGGAACGUGUCCAUUUCCUUAUGUGCCUGAGGAUAUAGUUUUAAAUCAGAAAGACAGGAAGAAAAGCAGGAAGAAAGGAAGAAAGAAAACCAUGAAGUGAGACUGGGAGGUAUUUCUUAGGUGAAAUAGCACACUUAUUAUAGCUCUUCUUCUUGUAAGUGUAGAUGCAAACGUCUCCUUACACCCUCAAUUUGUCUGCUGUAUUUGGUGGCUGUAGCAGAGGUGAUAACAAAAGGGCUGGAGGAACAGCUCUCUGUACAAAAUUUCCUGAGCUUCCUUAUUUUAAUGUUUCUC